AUGCCACCAACAAAAAGGACAAGGGAGAUAUCUCAAGAAUCAUAUGUGAAGUCCAUAGGGCUUAUCAGAGUCUUUAUGUUUCUUAAUAAUAACAUUAAUAUGUGGAAUGAAAAUAAUUAUAAUGCAUGUGAUGAAGCAAAAAAGCGUGCCGAUGUUACUUGGGAUGCUAAAAUAACUUAUAAUAUAGUUAAAACUUGUAUUGAAGCUAUGAAUGAAUAUAAUGAAACAGGUAAUAAGCCAAACACUUGCGACAGUAUUAUCUGGGAUAAUAAAAGACUUAAUAGUUUGAUAAGAGUGUUUUGUAAUAAAAUUGUGAAAGAAGAAAAACAAGGAACUAUGAAAGAUCGUAAGAAUGACGGGGGUAUUGAAAAUAUUUUAAGUCGACCCUUUUCGAUUGCGGAGGCUAAGAAUCUUUACAACGAAAAAAUUAAAAAUGUCAACUUUUAUGCAGAUAAAGGUAAAGAAAUGAUUGAAAAUGGUCGUAAAAAACAAGUCGACGAUAUUACUAAAAUUUGGUCCACACUUACAAAAACGUUUGAGGACGAAUAUAAUAAGAUUAAUAAAAUAUUUGAAGAAUUGAAAAAACUUUAA